CUGUCGUAUUUCCAGAAAGAGGUCUCGCGGAAGCAGUGACGUGUUCACAUUCUGGGGGGCUGCGCGAGAGCAAGCUCAAGCGGAAAGUGACACAGCGGCAGUAGCAGGCAGAAUGUCAGAAGGCGACAGUGCUGGAGAAUCUAUCCAUGGGAAACCUUCUGUGAUUGGAAGCUUUUUCACACGGCUUGGACAGAUUUAUCAGUCCUGGUUAGAUAAGUCUACACCAUUUGCAGCAGUACGAUGGAUUGUCACUCUAAUUCUAACCAUCAUCUAUAUGAUUAGAGUGUAUAUAUUACAGGGAUGGUACAUUGUUACGUACGCUCUGGGAAUUUACCAUCUGAACCUCUUCAUUGCAUUUCUGUCACCAAAAGUGGAUCCAUCAUUAAUGGAUGAUGCAGAUGAUGGCCCUUCGUUACCUACAAAGCAGAAUGAGGAAUUCCGGCCUUUCAUUAGAAGGCUACCAGAGUUCAAAUUUUGGCAUUCAGCAACUAAAGGCGUUGUCAUUGCAAUGAUUUGCACAUUCUUUGAAGCCUUCAAUGUGCCAGUAUUCUGGCCCAUACUGGUCAUGUACUUCAUCAUGCUCUUCUGUAUUACCAUGAAGAGGCAGAUAAAGCACAUGGUCAAGUACAGAUAUCUACCAUUUACACAUGGGAAGAGGACAUACAGAGAACAACAAUAAGAAAAAUUGGGUCUUGCAAAUUCAUGGAGAGGGGGUUAAUGUUUUUGCAUUUUGCUAGCGUGCCUGAAGUAUUUUGUGAUAAAUGUGACAUCAUGGGGUUGUUUUGGAAAACCUGGGAGAAAAAGUGUCUGGAUCGCCACUGUAGUGAAGGAUCAAAACUAUCUUUUUCCUCUAAAAGUGCAUCAUGUUUUUGGAGGGUUGUGUUGAGGGUUUAUAUAUUUUAAAGGUUAAAUAGUUUGAGAUUAUUUUGAACACACUUUUCUUUAAAAAAUAUGCUGUUUUCCAAGUGUUUAAUUUAUCAUUGUCAUUUAAACAUUCUAGAAAUGAAAAUAAUAGAAAUUGGACUUCAGCUUUAUAAAUCCGUUUCUAAAAGGAAAUUGCAUGUAUUAUUGGUUUUUCAUGUUCUGCAAGAUUAAAAAAGACAACCUGAUUUUAAUAACUUUAUUAAGUGUAAUUUUUUUCACUCCAAAUGCUAUUAAAGAGACAGUGUCCCUUUUCCUUGUGGUCUUUAGAAGCCUUAUUUACCAAUCUUUUUAUUGAAAUGAAAUUUUCCUUAAUUUGCACAUCAUAUUGUUGCUUUUCUAAUCUUAAUGAGGAGUUCAAUCAGAUGGCAAUAGCAGCCUUAAAACAGCUGUGUAUCUGUAGUGUAGUAAAACAAUUUACUGUAGGUACGACAGGUGAAAAAUAGACUGUAUGUUUUUCUCUGUAUGAAGUUUUUGUUUUUAAUAUACAAGAGGAAACUUUAUGGAUUGAUUAUGAUCUAUGUGUGUUUAGACUCUAAGGUUUUUAUGUAGCUUCCUGUAAGUAUAUUUUAAGAACAAGAGCUACUUCAUAUGUUACAACUGCAUUCAUUUACUGUAUCUGUUUUAUUAUAUUUUUCUAAGGCUGCUUGGAGAGUAAAACUUACCUUAGGGUUUUUUUAUUUCUCAGAUUGUAUAGAAAGACAUUUCAUGACAAAUAGAUGGGGCUCUUCUGUUAAAUGAUAGAAGGAUAGUUCAUAUGUUUCUGUAAAUGUGUUGUAGCUUGAGUAAAACGAUGGAGUAAUGGGAGAUUUUGGAAAGGGUAUUACAAUGAUAGUGAAUGAAAAUGUCUGCAUUUUCAAUGAAUAUGAAGCUUGAGAAUGCAGUUACUUGAAUCACAUCUGAAAUACUAGACAGUAUUUUGCCACAGUCUGUUCUGAUAUUUAAUUGAAAGACUUUUGCAAAUAAAGCUUUUUUUCUUGGCUACUA